AUGUCCACGCCGAAGAACUGGCCCCCUACCCUGCGCUACGUCUCGGCUCCAUCACACGACAAAGGGCUCACAGCGACGCAUCAAGUGGUGCUCAAGACUCGGCCGCCCUCGAUCCCCACUGUGCCCGCAUCAGCAACAUCUCUACCUUGCCCUCUAGUCAAGGUACAAGCCAUCACCACAGGGACACAUCCCGCCUGCGGGCAAUGCGGUCUCUUCGCCACGCGUGAUCUCAGACCAGGCACCUUCAUCGUGCCGUAUCUCGGGCGGACGCACACGUCGUCCACGACUGAUCCCCACUCGGACUACGAUCUGUGGCUCGACCGUGAGGCGGACCUGGCCGUCGAUGCGAGCCUGCAGGGCAACGAGGCUAGAUUUGUUAAUGACUACCGAGGCGUGAAAGACAAGCCAAACGCAGAGUUUGGUGUAGGCUGGAGCGAGAAGUGGGGACAAUUGAUUGUGGGCUUCUGGGUGCUUGGGAAAGCGGACGAGAAGAAGGGGGCUAUCAGGAAGGGGGAAGAGAUCUUGAGAAUCCUCUUUACCAACAACGCGGAGGUGGAACUCCCCGUCAGAGAAAAGCACAGCCCCGACAAAGAUGAUGCUCUUCAAAUACAUGCGUUGCCAUCGCGCGAUGCCUUGCUCGUCAAGGUUCAGCCGCCCAAAGCGCCAGCCCAACAAGUCAAGCAUGUACCAUGCGACAUUGUUCUGGUCAUCGACGUGUCGGGGAGUAUGGGUGUUGAGGCGAAUGUCCCGGGGGAAACCGAGGGUACGGGUCUCAACGUUCUGGACCUGGUCAAACACGCGGCUCGGACAAUCAUCGAAACCUUGGAUGAAGGUGAUCGCCUGGGGUUGGUCACCUUCCAUUCCCGCGCACAAACGAUCCAAGGUCUCACUGUCAUGACAGAGGACAACAAGAAGCUCACGUGGGACCGCAUCCAGAACAUCGUCCACCCCAUAUUGUCCACGAAUCUCUGGCACGGAUUGCUCCACGGCUUAGAUGUCUUCAAGCACGCUGAGGCCAGUUCAAGGGUGCCGUCCAUGAUGGUGCUGACCGACGGCAUGCCGAAUCAGAUGAACCCUGCCGCGGGAUUCGUGCCCAAGCUACGGGAAAUGCUACCGCUGCCCGCCUCCAUCUCCACGUUCGGUUUCGGUUACGACCUCGACUCUGGACUGCUCAAGUCGAUUGCCGAGAUCGGCGGCGGCAGCUACGCCUUUAUCCCCGACGCCGGCAUGAUUGGGACUGUCUUUGUGCACGCCAUCGCCAACAUGCAGUCCACCUACGCCAUCAAUGCCGUGCUGGAACUGGACUAUACGUAUCCUCUGGCCGUCAACGUCUCGACAGGUCCAACAGUGGAUCAGCAGGCGCCUUGUGAACAAGAAUCACACAUGCGCCUCCGGGUUCCCCUUGGCAGCUUAUUGUACGGGCAGUCAAAGGACGUCUUUCUGAACGUGGAAAAUGCGCGGAAGAAGGAUGCCCUUGUCUCUGAAGACAAUGCCGUCAUCAAGGCCAAGCUUCUGUACGAGGCUGUCCACCCGACCCCAAAGGCCACCGGGGCCAAUGAGCAAGUGACCCUCGCGGCAGAGUGCAGUAUGAUGGCCGAGUCUGAGAUCGCCGCCGACAUUGUGGCAUACCACGAGUCUCGCGCGCGGAUAUGCGAAUUUCUGAGCUCCCUGUUCCACUUGAAUAAGAUCGAGGAACACCGUGUGAUCUCGCCCGACGAUCUGCCCGCUAAGCAGCAGGAGCUCGAGCAAUUACUCGAGGUGCUGCCAGCAAAGCAGUACUCUGAUGAGAAGAACAGUUCGCUCAUAACGGAUCUUGUAGGAGAGAGUCCGCACGGUCAAGUUUCCUUGGCCCUCAAGAAUGCAGAAUACUUCCAAAGAUGGGGUCAGCACUACAUCCCCUCCCUGAUGAACGCCCACGUGCGCCAGGAGUGCAACUCGUUCAAAGACCCAGGACCGCUCCAGUACGGCACCGAGAGCGCACUCUUUAUCGAAUGCAGGAAGCACCUCGACUCUGCAUUUGACCGAUUGCCUCCACCCGAGCCAGCAAUACAGGAGCAGGGCGGUAGCACACGAAGUCGCAGUGGCUACGGGUCAAUUUUGAGGAGCAAGAAAGGGGGCCCGAAAGCAGCCUCAUUUUCAAUGUCGUCGUACAAUAACCCUCGUGGAGUGUGUUUUGCAGCUUCGACGCCAGUUGAACUCGCCUCGGGACGCACCGUGCCUAUCAGGAAGCUCCAACGAGGCGUCAAAGUGCAGACGCCAGCGGGGCCGCGCAAGGUGUCUGUCGUCCUCAAGACGCGAGUACAAGGGGAAACUCUCUGCCUGGUGAAUGGUGUCCUGGUCACGCCGUGGCAUCCCAUCUCAAAGGACGAGAAGACAUGGGUUUUCCCGGCGUCCUGCGCCGAGGGCGCGGUCCGAUACACUGGCUCCAUCUACUCGAUCAUGCUACAGAGAGAUGACAACGUGAGGGCUCAUGGCAUUCGCGUUGGCGGUAUGUGGGGUGUCACAUUGGGCCACGGGCUGAUCGAGGGCUCGGACAUCAGAGCACAUGCUUUCUUUGGAGACUAUCAUAGGGUUGUCAAGGCGAUGGUGCAGUUGCGUCGCGAGAACAGCGGCCUGCCAGAGUUGAAGUCGGUCUUGCGCAAAAAGGGGGUUGUUGUUGGCAGUGGAGUCCAUAGGGAUGGUCGGACUGGACUGGUCACGGGGUUCAGUGCUGCGUGA